AUGGUUGGACUGUGUGAGGUAUGCCAAGAGGUUGAGUUUCGUUAUACGUGUCCCAGAUGUCUCAAAAAAACCUGCUCGUUGCAAUGUUCGAAGGAUCAUAAGGCGAAAGAAGGUUGUUCUGGGGUCGCACACGAUCCCACAAGUUAUAUCAGUAGUGAGCAGUUGAAGAAUGAGGAUGAUGAGGAACAUGAAUCGAACUUGCUGGUUCAAAGGGAUUACAAUUUCUUGACCCAGAUAAAGAGAACGGUGGAAUUGCAUAAGAGAGAUGGGAAGGCCAAAAAUAAGAGAAGUUUGAAUAUAAGCUAUACUGAUUCGAAACGGCCUCGAGUGGAAGAAUCGCAGAGCCGACGGGUUAUUAGACGUGGUGUUAAUUGUCUCACGCUGCCGAGAGGUAUGCAAAGAUCGCUGGCGAAUAAGAGUAAGUGGGACAAACCUUUGGAUCUAUUUGUUUGGAGCAUUGAAUGGGUUUUGUUCUCUUCUAAGGAUGGAAUUGAGCCGUUCGUGCAUGUGAGCCACAGGAUCAAAGAGACUGAUUCGAUUGUUGAGAGUAUGGGUAAAAUCAUUUACGAUAAAUGUUGUGAGUUCUACCAGCUGCAUAGCAGCGAUGAGGAGCGGCCACAGACAAAAGAAGAUCGUACUGAGGGUCUUGUUAAGAGUGGACUGUGUUUUUAUACCAAAUGGUUUCCUUAUAAUACAUUAGAAGCCCUUGAUUCAAGAAAAUUGGUAAGAUUGGACCCAUCGAAUAAAUCUAUCGCCGAGUUGUUUAGAAAUAGGACGGUAAUUGAAUUCCCAACGAUAUUUGUCGCUAAUCAGGAGUCAAGUAUACCGAGUCAAUACACUGUGAUUGAAGAGCCAGAUUCAUCGUGGUCGAAAACACCCACUGAAGGCGAUGCAGAUGGUGUCAGCGCUGAAGCUCCAGUGGAAGAAUCGUCUAAAGUCAUGGUCCCAGCCCAGACUAUGGGUAGCGAAAGCGAUAGUGAUGGGUAUGACCCCGGAGUAACAAUGGAUUUCCUGGCAGAUUGA